ACAUUUUUCCAGGGAAUAAAGCACAGAGUAGAGGUAAUAGUUCCUGUGUCCACAAUAAAAAGACAGUGGCAGCUGAUAAACUGCAAAGAAUGUUGUUAUGACACAAACAUACCACGUUUAAAUGCAAAGAGUUUACUUCAUUUUCUUGUUCAGUCAACAUUUAUCAGAGGUUCCUAUGUUCCAGGUGCUGUGGUAAAUACCAAGAGUACAGAGAUGAAUAAGGUGCUGCCUCACCAGGGGCUCCCAGCUUUUAUUAUAUUUGGGGCAUUAAUCAAGCACUCAAGCAUGCAUUAUCUCAUUUAGUCCUUACACCAGUCUCACAUGGGUGUGAAUUAUGGACCUCAUUUUGCAAGUUAGGGACUUGUGGCUGAGAAAGGUGAAGUGAUUUGUAUAAGAUCACACGGGCUUUGAGUUCAGGUCUUUGGAGCCCAAGUUCAGCCUAUUCCCAGGGCUGCGCACAGCUACCUUUGAUAAAACAUCUCUGAAGCAUUAUAAAUGUGCAUCUGUCUACCACUUCCCUGGCCCAGCUAUGGUGAUAUGCCUGGAUCAACGGAGGAAGAGUAAAAUGUCUUGGGGAGGAAAGCAAGGAGGAUGGAUCCUUUCAGUUCACUGUUCUCCUGCUAGAAAGACUUCCUCCCUGAGGACAGGGCCUUCUAUUUUGGCUGUCAUGUAUAACCCUGGAUUAGGAGGCAAAAAAUAUUCUAUGUUCAUAUCCCCAUCUUAGCCCCUGAUUCACUGUGUGAUCUUGGACAAAUCACUUGACAUCUCUGAGCCUCUGUUUUCCCAUCUGUGACACAGGCUGUGCUAUUGAUUUCUAUUUCCAAAUGGUCAAAAAGCAGAAAAUAGGGCGCAGAGUGGGCUUGUGAAGACCACAGGUGAAUGGUGUGGCGAGAAUGUCCUGCCUCUCCCAACAGCUCAGAGUGAAUGGUGCACAGGUGGUCUCAGCCUGGUCCUUUCUUAAGAGUUGACCCCUUUCUUCUAUCUUACUUAUAGACAAUUUUCCCUUUGACCUUUGGGAGAGGGCCCUGGAUCUGCCCCCAGACUGAUGACUGACAGCUUCCUUUUUCACUGCUGCUUUGAGCCUUCCUCGUCUCCCUACCUGCCAUCCCUGGAGGCCCUCUGAUCUGCUCUGGCUAUUUAUGGCACCUCCUGGGGGCCUGAAUUCCUGGCUGGUCUCUGGCUCUCCUUUCCAAGUCAUACCAGUUUACCCUGCUCACCCCAGAGUGCAACAACUAAUCUGGGGGAUCAGAUGCCAGGAGCUUGACUCCUCUCCCUACAGCUGCCUCUAAACUCUUUAGGACUGGCACACCCCAUCCCCAGUGUUAACCCUAUUGGGUAAGGUUCUAUUGAUAGUCCCCGUCCUGCACAGGAGGAUACUGGGCAGUAAGGUAUUUCAUUCAAGGUCACACGUGGAGUCAGUGGGGUGCUGGGAUUUGAACCCAAAUCUGUCAGCUCCCAAGUUCCAUGCUUCUCCUACUGUGUCAUAUUCCCUGGAAUUUAGUAACAAGGAGAGCGACAUCCUGACAUUGCCCUAAAAUAUUAUGUAGGUUAACUCAUUUAUUCCUCACAAGGAUGUUUGGGGUAGGUACUAUUAUUAUCCUAAUUUUUCUGGUGAGGAAAUUGAGACCAGAGAGGUUAAGUGACUUGCCCAAGGUGAUGCAGCUAGAGAGGGCAGAGCCAUGUGCUUCCAGAGUCAUGUUUUACCUCCUUCACCAUUCAGUCUCAACUGCUGCCAGCACCCCUGAGGCCCAGCUCUGGGAGAAGGGAAGGACAGAGACCAGUGGGAGUUGAAGAGGCUGAGAAGGAGUUCUUGCAGGAAGAACAGACUCUAGGAAGUAACUGGUACAUGAAGACCUUUGGCUUUGGCUGGCACAGGGGUGAAGGAGAGCCAGCAGCAUUGAGUGACUGGGCAAAUGAGCCUCCAGGAGAGUUCAUUCCAACCCUCCCAGUUCCUACUGCUGGUGGGGGUCCCGGUGGCAAGUGUCCUCCUUCUGGCCCAGUGCCUUCGAUGGCACUGCCCUAGAAGGCUACUGGGGGCCUGCUGGAUGCCGAAUGGUCAAGAGGAACCAGUGUCCCAGCCUACCCCUCCACCAGAAAAUGAGGUCUCAAGGCAGCACCUGCCAGCCACACUGCCAGAGAUGGCUGCCUUCUAUCAGGAGCUGCACACACCCACUCAAGGCCAGACCAUGGUCCGCCAGUUGAUGCACAAGCUGUUGGUGUUUUCGGCUCGAGAGGUGGAUCAUCGCGGCGGUUGCCUGAUGCUCCAGGAUGCAGGCAUUUCCUUGCUCAUCCCACCAGGUGCUGUGACUGUGGGCCGCCAGGAGCGGGUGUCUUUGAUACUGGUGUGGGACCUUUCGGACGCCCCAUCACUGUCCCGAGCCCAGGGGCUGGUAAGCCCUGUGGUGGCAUGUGGCCCCCAUGGGGCCUCCUUCCUGAAGCCUUGUACUCUCACGUUCAAACACUGUGCCCAGCAGCCCAGCCAUGCUCGUACCUACAGCAGCAACACUGCCCUGCUCGACGCCAAGGUAUGGAGGCCCCUGGGGCGGCCAGGGGCCCAUGCCUCCCGGGACGAGUGUCGCAUCCACCUCUCCCACUUCAGUCUCUACACCUGUGUGAUGGAGGCACCUGUGGGGCGCGAAGCCCGCAAAUGGCUGCAGCUGGCCGUAUUCUGCUCACCGCUGGUACCAGGACAGUCCCACCUGCAGCUGCGUAUCUACUUCCUCAACAACACGCCCUGUGCCCUGCAGUGGGCACUGACCAACGAGCAGCCCUAUGGUGGGCGCCUGCGUGGGCCCUGCCAGCUCUUCGACUUCAGUGGGGCCAGGGGUGACCAGUGCCUGAAGCUCAAGUACAUCUCAGAGGGUUGGGAGAAUGUGGAUGAUAGCAGUUGCCAGCUGGUUCCCCAUCUCCACAUCUGGCAUGGAAAGUGCCCAUUCCGCUCCUUCUGCUUCCGGAGAAAAGCAGCCAAUGAGAAUGAGGACUGUUCAGCACUAACCAAUGAGAUCAUUGUCACCAUGCACACCUUCCAGGAUGGCUUGGAGACCAAGUAUAUGGAAAUCCUCAGAUUCCAGGCAUCAGAGGAAGAAUCCUGGGCAGCGCCGCCCCCUGUCUCCCAGUCGCCCCCAUGCAAUAGGCUGCCCCCAGAGCUCUUUGAGCAGCUGCAGAUGUUGUUGGAGCCAAACAGCAUCACAGGAAAUGACUGGCGCAAACUAGCCUCUCACCUGGGGCUUUGUGGCAUGAAGAUCCGGUUCCUGUCCUGUCAGCGCAGCCCCGCAGCGGCCAUCCUGGAGUUUUUUGAGGAGCAGAACGGCAGCCUGCAGGAGCUGCACUACCUCAUGACCGUCAUGGAGCGGCUAGACUGCGCCUCCGCCAUCCAGAACUACCUGAGCGGGACACACGGCGGCAGCCCAGGCCCCGAGCACCGGGGCGCCCGGUAUAACCAGGGCCUGGAGCUGGACGAGAAGCUCUGAGCGCCCAGCGGGCAGGGCUGGAGGAGGUGUAGGGGCGAGAGGGGUUGUUCCCCCACGCCUAUGAGGGACACAGCAGCUGUUCCUGGCUGUGCCCACCACCCUUCCCAGAACCCUCGGACGGUGCCCGGGGCUGCACGCGAGGCCGGAGAGUCCUCGCCAGCCUCCCAGCAGCAGGCGCGCCCUUCGGGACGCGAUCUGUCCCGCGUACGGGUCCCCUCCUGGCCGGCAGAGGGCGCAGGAGCCCAGGAGAUGGCCUCAGCGUGGCCGGGCUGUCGAAAAUGAGCAGGGGACGGCCACGGUCCCCGCGUGCACUUUAGGGGCGGGCGGUCAGGCCCCAAGUAUUCACUGAGCGCUCAGGAAGACCGGACAUUGGGCUGGUGUCAUGAAGAAUACUGGAAUAUAGGAGGCAGGGACUGGAGCCCUGACAAGCACACAGUUCUUUUGCAGGAGUCAAGAUGUUCUCAUAGCAGCCAGGGGCAAACUCGAAAACAGCCCUGACCUGUGGUUAGGGGAUGUGUGUGUGGCUUUAGGAGCUGAGACGGGAAGAGCUGAGUGCGGGCUGGAGCAGCGAGAAUGCUUCACGGAGGAUAUUGGGGAGAGACGAUUUGACUUGCUGAGUGGUUUGUAGAUCUUUAGGUGCGGGAGGUGCGGGUGGCUGGACUUAAGGUAGGAGCCGAGAGUGGGCAUGGGAGCCCAGCCCCAUGGGUGUGAGGCCUGGGUAGGACGAGGUUUCCCGGCUAGGCACGCCUGGCUGUCUGCCUCUGCCCCUGCUAACUUCCUUUGUCUCUUUAUCCUCCUGCUCAGGUCUUGUCUUCCCCUCUCUCUGCCAUUUUCUCUAUCAGAAAACAUUAAAGCUUAGUAGAAACUUCAAGAUGAUCAUUCUGGCCCAACCCUUUUAUCUCUUUAUCUCCAACGGUGUGCGUUUUAAGUCUCUCUGACUUGGUUUUUCUGUCCCUAUCUCCCACAGUUGUUCUGCCUCUGCACCUGUGUUUCUGUUUCUCGCUCUCUUAGAUCUUUUUGUUUCUGCCUAGUCUCUGUGCCCUGUCUUUGUUUCUUUCUCUGUCUGAAACCCUCCCUCUUUUCCCUUCAGGCAUAUGUCUCUAAACCAAUGUUAUGAGUCAAAGACUGUUGAAAGAGACAGGGCUACUCUAGGAAUGGAUGGGUGGGGAUAUUUUCCCCAUGCAUUAAGAUCCAGUUUAGGGUCAGGAAAUAAAGGAUAGGGAUGAAAGAGCACCCUAUUCAGUCAGCAGAUACUUAUUCAGCACCUACUAUGUGUUAGAUACUGUAUACAAAAGAUAUGAAUGGGCUGGGUCCUGAACAGAGAAUAAAGGGUUUGACUCUAUUCUGGAAAUUCUUUUGUUUGCAAACAGGUGUUGUUAAUUUGUUCAAAGGCAGGCAAACAAUCUCUCUGGCAACACAAUUUUCUUCUGUAUUUAAUUAAAAAAUAUUAAAGCUUUUUUUCUAUGAUGAAUG